CCGGGGCCCCAAGAUGGCGACCACCCUGGAUGUCCACGUCCGGAUGUGCAACCAAGAAAUUGUCAUAUUCGACUUGGAGGUGAAAGCGUUUAUCCAGGAUAUCCGGGAUUGCUCAGGACCAUUGAGCACGCUUACAGAGCUAAAUGCCAAAGUGAAGGAGAAGUUUCACCAUUUACGGCUCAGAAUACAGGAGCUUGAGCAGAUGGCUAAAGAACAGGAUAAAGAAUCUGAGAAACAAGCUUUGCUCCAGGAAGUUGAGAAUCACAAAAAGCAGCUGCUCAGCAAUCAGACUGCAUGGAGGAAAGCAAAUCUUGCUUGUAAAAUUGCAAUUGACAAUUUAGAAAAAGCAGAACUUCUUCAAGGGGGUGACAUGAGGCAGAGAAAAACUACUAAGGAGACCCUGGCACAGACUUCCAGCAACAUCACAGAAAGCCUGAUGGGCAUCAGCAGAAUGAUGUCCCAGCAGGUUCGUCAGAGUGAAGAAGCAAUGCACAUUUUAGCAAAUUCUUCUCGAACUAUCCUGGAUGCAAAUGAAGAGUUUAAGUCUAUGUCAGGAACUAUCCAGUUGGGACGAAAGCUCAUCACAAAAUACAACCGCAGAGAACUGACAGACAAGCUGCUUAUUUUUCUUGCUCUUGCUCUCUUUCUGGCUACUGUACUUUAUAUCCUAAAGAAGAGGCUUUUUCCAUUUCUGUAAGAUUCAUAAGACCAUCUUUCCUUUUAACAA